AUGAAACAGAAGAUCCACUGGGUUGAUGUGAGAUACAAUCCAGUUCUUAGGCUUGAAAAGUGUGAUCCUCCUACAAUUGACAAGGCUUUUGAACUUAGUAAGAGUACACAAAGAAUCAAAUAUUUAGCAAAUGAAGUUCAGGUUAUUGAAGAUAAACAUAAAAAGGAGGUGGUUGGAGUAGUAAAAUUUACACCAUAUGAAAAGAUGAAUGAAGAUGAAAGAAAGUCACUUGAUGGGACUUGUGAAUACAUUAUGAAAGAAAAAAAAAUGUUGAAAGUUCUAAUCCGCUCUUCAAAAUUCAAAGCUUUAUCUUUCGGAACCCAUGAUCACAAAGACAAUCAGAAUCCUGAUGCAUUUGGAGGCAACCUCAGCUUUACUAUGGGUUGUCUUUCUGGUAUACCUCAGACCAAUUGUGAAACUCCGGGUGGAUGGGGUCAAGGAGUUUGA